AUGUCAGACAUCACAUACACCACGUGGGCUUGCGGUCAUACGACUUCUUCGUCAAAGCCGAGAGAGCCUAGACGCGAGAAGAUCAAGAGAUCGUUGAAACGUGUGAUCAGUGCCGGAAAAUCAACCGAACAGUCUGGAACAGAAGGGUUCAAAUCAGGGAUGAAGCGAGUUUUGACUCUCGGAAUGUCCGACUCGAGAAGUCGAACAACCUAA